CCACCCCCCGACCCGCCGCCCCUCCCCGGGCCCCGCCACGCUUGCCCGCGAGCCCCCAGCGCCCCCAAAUCCUCUCGGAUCGGUGUCGCGGGGCGAGGUGAGAGCAGGCCCGGGGAGGGUGGUCGCCGCUGCGGAGCAGGGACUGUCACUCAAGAUGAUAGAAGUACUGACGACCGACUCGCAGAAACUGCUACACCAGCUGAAUACCCUGUUGGAACAGGAGUCCAGAUGUCAGCCAAAGGUCUGCGGCUUGAAACUGAUUGAGUCUGCCCACGAUAAUGGCCUCAGGAUGACUGCGAGACUGAGGGACUUUGAAGUGAAAGAUCUGCUUAGUCUAACUCAGUUCUUUGGUUUCGACACUGAGACAUUUUCUUUAGCUGUGAAUUUACUGGACAGAUUCCUGUCUAAAAUGAAGGUACAGCCGAAGCAUCUCGGGUGUGUUGGACUGAGCUGUUUUUAUUUAGCAGUAAAACUGACAGAAGAGGAAAGGAACGUCCCGUUGGCAACUGAUUUGAUCCGGAUAAGUCAGUAUCGGUUCACGGUUUCAGACUUGAUGAGAAUGGAAAAGAUUAUAUUGGAGAAGGUGUGUUGGAAAGUCAAAGCUACAACUGCCUUUCAAUUCCUGCAGCUCUAUUAUUCACUCAUUCAAGAGAACUUGCCAUAUGAGAGGAGAAACAGUCUUAAUUUUGAGAGACUGGAAGCUCAACUCAAGGCGUGUCACUGCAGGAUCAUAUUUUCUAAAGCAAAGCCUUCUGUGUUGGCUUUGUCUAUCAUUGCACUGGAGAUCCAAACACUGAAGUGUGCAAUGUUAACAGAAGAAGUAGAAAGUCUUCAGAAACAUUCCAAGAUAAAUGGCCGAGAUUUGACCUUCUGGCAAGAGCUUGUAUCCAAGUGUCUAGCUGAAUAUUCAUCCAGCAAGUGUUCCAAACCUGACGUUCAGAAGUUGAAAUGGAUGGUUUCUGGGCGCACCGCACGACAGCUGAAACGCAGCUACCACAGGGUGACCCACCUGCCAACGAUUCCUGAAACCAUUUCUUAGUUUCCAAAUUUAGAGGUUACUCUCUGAUGAGGGGAAACUUUCCAGUGUGAUAAUUUUCUUUCUCAGCUGAAGAAUUGAAAUAGUAUCUUCAAAAUAAAUGAUAUGAAGUUGAAGUAGAAAAGGGAAAAAAAAAUGAUUUCACUGAUCUAGUCAACUGUUACAUGAAGGUGUUUACCAUGUACAAGACACAAUAUUCUUAGGAGAAAGGAAUUUCCCAACUCCCAAAAAUGUUAAGUUUUCAGCUUUAAAACCAGCAUUCUCCCAAGCCUGAUUUUUUUUUUUUUUAAUAGUACUAAAAUAGUAGUUUUUUCAGCUUGACUACCAUCUCACCAUGUUGCUCAUUUAGUUACACAGGCCAAGUAGGAUAACAGGAGCAAAAGCUCCACCUGCAUAUGAACAACGCUGAGCAUGUGAGCCGAUGAGCAAAGGCAUGAUGAGUAAUGCUGGCCAGGUGACCUCUACAUCAGCGUCCUGGACAUUGAUAGGGUGUCUCAAUACUGUUGUUAACAUAGCAUAGCUAGCUAUAGUGGUUCAAAUACUAGAAAGUAAUAUGUCUAAAAAUGUAAACUUGGUUACUGAUAUAAACUACAUAUUCUUGCCAUCUAAAUUUCUUAAUUCAUAGUGAUGGUUUCUCUUUUUGUAUUCAAAACUAAAUGUUAACACAUCUACACAUGAUUGCUGGUGAUAUGUAGGCAGACUUCGAUUAAGUUGUUUUUCUGUUGUCUUUGGAUAAUAUCAUUGCAGAAACAAAAAAUUUCAACUCUGACACCUUUCUCCAUGACCCCAGGCUCGGGAUUCCCUGUUGGAGUGGAUUGAAGCAGUGAGAACUCACAAUGUCACAACUAGACUGGUGUGGUGUUCUCAGCUUGGGACAACUGCCCAGUUCAGUGCUCCAUAGAAUUAUUGAGAAUUGAAUUCACCUGUGAUGCAUUUAAAUCAAAGCUAAAGACAUAAAUGUGAAGUAAUAGCAAUAAGCCUGAGGAGGUAAACUGUGAAUCUUAGUUUCUAACACUGAUCUAACAUUCUGUAUUGGAUCAGUAUAUUUAGUUGGUAUUGAAAAUGGUUAAUGAAAUUUAAAUCAUGAGGUUUAUAUCAAAACCAACAUUUCACAAAUGCACUUUAAGGCAGUGUAAGGGCUAAUACUCUGGGCAGUUAAUAUUUCUUAGCACCCAUAAUGCAAGCAGUGGAUAAUUCUGACAUGAGGUAUUCCUUUAAACUUGAAGAAUUUUAUACAAAGCAAAAAGUAGAGACUUCACAAGUUUGGCAUAUCCAUGAAUAUUUCUUCUGAAAAGCAGGUGAUUUUUGUAUCCAUGAUUUAAAAAAAAACAAAACAAAACUUUUUAUACAGAAUCUACUCUUUCAAUCUAGUCACAUUUGAGAACAUUUGUUUCUACUAUAUUGAUAGCUCAGAAUGAGUUACCAUUUUGAAAACUUGCUUUACCCCGGGAAAGUAAAUUCAGGCCAGAUAAAGCACUCCAGAAAUUUUAUUACAAAUUGUUUUUAUAAAGUUACCAUUGCUUCUAAUGUAGAAUUUUGUUUUAAAAGGAACAGAAUAUGCUUGUAGAAAUUCCUUAGGGUGUUUUAAGAAAAGUUUGAGAUCUCUGAGGCAGUUAGCAUUCAGGAUUCUCUCUGUUGGUCAAUGAAUGUGAGGAGAUCUGUGGCGUUCAAGUGUCAUAAAGAAUACUCAGUGUAAGGGACAACCUGAGUUCAUCCAGAAUGGCUGUAACUAGUGUUGACAUAAUUCUAUGGAAAAAUGAGUGGUGAAAAAUAAACCAAAGAACCAGUGUAUUUUAAUCCUUAGCUUUUGUAAACCAUAUCUUACAACUAUUCAGUUUCCCAAAAGGCUGAUAUACUUCAAUAUUUGGAAACCUCAGUGUUAAUUUUUGAGUUGGGAGAGGUAACCUAACCAACUACAUUUUUGUUUGGUACCAGGGGGUAUACCUUUCAAUAAAACUAAUGAAUGGAAUGCA